AUGUCUUUUCGUGGAAGAGGAGGAAGAGGAGGUGGCUUCAAUCGUGGAGGAGGUGGCGGGGGUGACAGAGGUGGCUUUAAUCGCGGUGGACGAGGUGGCUUUGGACGGGGAGGUGGACGAGGAGGCUUCAACAGAGGCGGAUAUGACCAGGGGCCUCCGGAAAGGGUAGUUUUAUUGGGAGAGUUCAUGCAUCCGUGUGAAGAUGACAUUGUUUGUAAAUGUAAAACAGAAGAAAACAAAGUGCCUUAUUUCAACGCCCCAGUGUACUUGGAUAAUAAGGAACAGAUUGGCAAAGUGGAUGAAAUCUUUGGACAGCUGAGAGAUUUUUAUUUUUCAGUGAAACUGUCUGAGAACAUGAAAGCCUCUUCAUUUAAAAAAAUGCAAAAGUUUUACAUUGAUCCAGCAAAGUUGCUACCCCUUCAGAGAUUUUUGCCAAGGCCACCUGGAGAAAAAGGUCCUCCCAGAGGAGGUGGUAGAGGAGGACGUGGUGGUGGACGUGGAGGAGGAAGAGGCAGUGGUAGAGGAGGAUUUGGAGGAGGAAGAGGAGGAGGAUUCAGAGGAGGAAGAGGUGGAGGAAGAGGAGGAAGAGGUGGUGGAGGAGGCUUUCGGGGAAGAGGAUACUAA